AGCAGAUAUUGCCCACAUCCUUAUCAACUUUUCAGUCAGUAUUUUAGGAGUGCAAAAGAUUUGAAGGUGUAUCAGUUUGUUCUGUUUGCUCUUCAAAGAAACACACAACGAAUCGUCCAACAUUCAGCAGGAUGAAGCUCCUUUUAUUAGUUACUGUCAUUGGCUUUGCCCAGCUAUGUUCGAGUGCUCCAGCAACAACUAAAAACGAAUCUUCCACUGGAAGUUGGGAAGCGAAGUAUUUAGAAAUUUCGGAAAGAUUGAAAGUGAUUCCGGGUGUCAAUUUACAAAGGGUUGAUGAGCUAAUUCAUAUUACGAAGAAAACUGAUGGCUCUAAUCCAUUCAGUGUUGUAGUGGAAAGCACGGCGCGUUACUACAGCCUGUUAUUUGACCUAGACUUUGCAAAGGUGAAUCAAAGCAUGUUUGAAUUGGAGAGGGAUUUUCAUGGUUUUGGCAGAGAUAUUCCAACCGAAAAUCGAACUUUCUCUGAGUGUUUCGGAGAUUACUACUCCAAAACAUUACUGAAUGAAUCCCCAAAAGAAUUUGAAUCAAAGAUAGAAGAGAUUUUUCAACAAUUGAAGAGCGCAUUAACGAAGGGAGUGGAGGCUUCAAAAGCAAGAAAAAUUGAUUACUAUUUACAAACAUUUCAAAAUUUAUUGGCAAAUUUUGGAAAGGAGGGGGAAACGGCAAGGCUAAUGGACUUUUUUGUAUUCACCUAUCAUAAUGGCGCCGGUGUAUCCGAACGUGCUGCCUGUGGUGUUGCGGCAGAAGUAUUCGAAUGGAGAUUCGAUUGCACUAAAUAUGCAAAUGAAGAAAAAGGCGAUUCGGAAGCAGAAAACGGUGAAAAUCAAUCGGAAAACCAGAUAUAGCAUCAAACAAGCUGACAAUAAAUAGUUUUGUUUUAAAAAAAAUUUGUAUUUGGCUAAAAAAAAUUAUUCUAACGAAGUUCAAACAAACAAAGCACUCUCAAUCAUUUUUUUCAUUUUCAAAGAUUUUAAACCUGUUUUAUAUAACAAUUGUUGCCACAAUUUCUUUAAUAAACGAUCCUUCUUCCCAUAAUUUA